AUGACGGAUUCGGUUGUCGUGGAGGGAUAUGUCAAAAUCAGAGAUGGGAAAAAGUGGAAGACUAGAUGGAUCGUGCUGCGCAAGCCAUCUCCCGUAGCAGAUUGCCUCGUGCUGCUGGUUUUUAAGGACAAGUUGGACAAAGUGCAGGGCCAUAAAGAGAGAGGCAGCGUCAUCCUGGAGGACAUCUGCGGCCUGGAGACGGGACAGUGGUUUGAAGGAGUGGGACACACGCUGGCCAUCCUUUGUCUGUGCCAGGCGGCUGUGUUGGGCUUCGACAGUAAAGAGGCCCUCCUCGCCUGGGACGUCCGCAUACGAUACAGCCUCGGGGAAGUUCACAGAUUUAACGUCGGAGUCUUACCAGGGACCAAAUUGGAGAGCGGACCCGCAACCCUUCAUUUGUGCAACAACUUGCUCGCCUUGGCUCGGGACGUCCCCCCUCUUAUCAUUGGACAUUGGAACCUUCCGGAUCUGCGCAGAUAUGGACCCGUACCAAAUGGAUUCGUAUUUGAGGGAGGGACACGCUGCGGUUACUGGGCUGGAGUUUUCUUCCUGGCGUCUGCGGAGAGCGAGCAGAUCAGCUUUCUGUUCGACUGUAUCGUCCGAGGUAUCUCCCCCACCAGAGGCCCUUUUGGAGUGCGGCCAAUCCUGCCGGACCCCAGUGGCAGCCAGGCGUAUUCAGAGGAGAGGGCCAACCACGAGGCGCAGGAGUUGGAGAAACGACUGAGUUUGCUGUCACACCAGAGCAGUACAGUCUCGUCCACAUAUGGGCCGUCCACGGGCGGAGAUGACGACCGAAGCAUAUCAGGCUCUUCAGACACAUCAGACACCAGCCAUUCAGACUGCAGCAUUGGCAGCCGACUGGCUAUCUGGACCGAAACUGCCACGCUUCCCAACCCCUCCGAGAACACAGGGCAGUCCAGAGUACCCCAACAGAGCAUAGACAAGCUGUCAGUCAACCAGGGAGGCGGACACCGCCCUGUGGUCAAGCAUCCUCGCCAGCUCCAGGAAAUUGGCCGUCAAAGCUCAUCCGACAGCGGCAUUGCCACAGGGAGCCACUCAUCUUAUUCUGGAAGUUUCUCCUCCUACACCGGAAGCUUGGAUAUUGCUCAAGGGGAGGAUUUUGGGUCCGUAUUCAGCUUGCCUCCACACUUUGCUGCAGAUGUUAGCCCUUGUACCUGCCCCCCAGCACCGGGACAUGAGUAUCAGGUUCCCACAUCACUGAGGUAUGUCUAUGACACUCCUCGUAACGUAUUGCAAGAGGAAGGAGGGGCCGCCAAAGACAAUGAACCCUCCAUAUCAGUCAAGGACAACGCUGCCCUGUUGACACUCUCUCUGGAGUCAUCGGAGGGCCAUAAGAGGGAUUCCAGCAUCUCUGAGGCUUGUUUGGAAGCCGCUGAGAUGCAGUCUACAGCUGAGCCCUCACAAAGCUGCACAGAGGAAGAUAGGAAGGUCAAGGUGGCACCCUCUAGUGACAGCCAACAUCCUGACGCCUGCCAGAUCUGCAGCACAGUUACAGUCACAACAGCCUCGAAAACCAUCUUCGCCAUCUGUUCCACCUGUGGAGGGUUUAAGGCGACGCCGCACGCCGCUCCCGGAGGCCCGGCGAUCCCCGCUGUGCCAGAUCAAAUUGACAAAUGGCCAUGCAGACCCAACGCCUCCGUUGGAUACGAUAACGUGUUUACGGUACAGAAAACUCCGGAGGCUGACGCGUCUCCCGCCCCGGAGGCCUUCCUCAGCUCAGAGACGCCGAAGAGGAAGGAGGAGGAAGCGGCCCCACCGAGGAAAGGAAGAGAGAAACUGGCCGGCCUCUUGGCCGACCUCUUAGGCUGUCCAAGCACCGAGAGGGGGCCGGAGGCAAAGAACAAGAGAUUGAACUUGUACGAGUCGAUGAGCUCUGCGUUUGGGGACGAGCUCAAGUCCAAGUCCUGGGUUACCGACACGCACGCCGCGAGAUCACAUCCAGGCAAAAGGAACGCCAUUUAUGAAAACUGUCUCAAGUGUAAAGGGGACCACUGCCACCCGCCUCCUCCGGUCCCACCUGCGAAAAGCUACAAUAGCGGUUCCUCUUUACCGUCCGGGGAGAAGGCCUGCACCGACCCCGGCCGAGCGAUGCCCUCCGGGCCCUUCCUGGAGAAACGCCUUGCCCACGAAGCGGCCGCAAACGAGGAGCCUCACGUCCGCAGUUGUGCAGCGUGGGGCGAGGAUGGAGAGGGUCAUUAUGAGGAGAUGAGUGGUCAUUCUGUGACCGGGAAAGAAAAAAGGCUUAAUAGUAAGGAGGAAAGGCGGAAAAUCCAUCCUGCUUAUGAGGUCAUGGAGAGUCGAGUGCGGGAGAAGAAUUCAGAGACAGAGGAGAAAACCAAGUAUGAGUUUAUAGACAGCUGUGGACACCAGAGGUUCCCUCAGGAGACUGAAGGGGCGGUGUUUGUGUUCCCACCGGAGGCGCCGGUUUCUGAGAGGUCACGGGGUGAUGGGGUCACCUACGUGAACAUCCCCGUCAGUCCCACUUCCAAGAAGCAGAUCAACUACAUGGAGCUGGAGCUUCAGGAGCCCGGCCCCGGGAUCCGCGCAACUGGGACACAUUUAUACGCUCAGAUCGACAUCACCGCGACGGAGACGGCGCACAAGGUGGGCACGCAGCACGCGCUGGGCCGGGAAGAAGGCCUUCACACUCUGGAUCUAAGGAGGAGAGGAGCGCCGCCGCAGUGA